UUAUCACUUAGUUAAUGUUUGAUGAAUAUCAUUGAUGAAACCCUGAUAUUAAAGUGAUAAAAGCCACUCCCGAGUAACAGCUGAGCAUAAUUAAAUAGUAUAUAUGAUUUAAUAAGUGAUAAUGUGAAUGUAGAGAAACUCAACUGUGCACUCCCCUUGCAGCACUCACAUGCAUUGAAAGGAUAAAAGGCGAUACCGGCUAUGUAGAAUUUAGCCCAUGCGACGGCUCGGGUCAGUAGUGCCUACUACUACUACUACUACACUUACAGACAGUAACACACUUAACUGCUGAGUUACACAUUGACGAGUGAUGUUACUGUCAGAAGUAGAUGAGAACCAUUGCAGCAUCUAUAUUUUUUUAAUGAACAUUGAUGAUUGAGAGUCAGCAUUAUUAUAAAAUUGAAUGUAUGUUUUAUAAAGGCCCUUCAAUGAUACUUCCAUGUACUGCAGCCUGGAUAGUGAUGAAGAAGUGAAUAGAGGUGAUAAUCAUAAUAAUAAAUACCAGCCUGAUGGACGGCAGCCAUUGAGAAUGAGUGAAUAAACAAGUUAGGCUUACUACUGACUCUGGAAAAUAGAGGAGAUAGUGAUACUCCUGAAGCAAUUAUUAAUUUAUUUAUAUAUUAAAUUUUAAUCUCCACAGAAAUUAAAAAAACAAAACUAUGAGUAGUCAGCGAGGAAAUGUUGCAAGGACUCGCACACAAAAAUAUCAAAAUUCCAGGGCUUUUAAAAAUGACAUGCACGAUAAAUCUUCAAAGAUAAAAAUGAUCAACAAUCUUUGUCCAGAAGGUAUAUGUCAUCGUUGCAAAGAAAUAAUUGAAUGGAAAAUAAAGUAUAAAAAGUACAAACCUCUUUCGCAGCCAGCAACAUGGUAGGUAAUGUAAUUAAAAUAGAUUCUUAGUUAGCUUAUAUGAUAAAUUACUAUACAAUUCACACAGCUAUUAUAAGAAAUCUGGCAUGGUAACUUUGUUCUCUUGUACAUUUUUGAGGGCAACAAUGAUGCUGAAAGCACAAUAAUUAAUUUAUAGUUAACUGUUCAAGUUCAAGGGUUAGUCAUAUAACCAAUGUAAUCAAAUCCUUGUUUUUAUCAAAGGAACCCUUUUUGCUUUUGACAAGCAUAAAAUCCAUGCCUUCAGUUAUGUCUCAUAGUGAGUGGAGAGAAUGAAGUUAUGUUAUGAAAAAUUUUUAAAAAUUGUAAAAUCAUUGCACUAAAAUGAACAAAAGACCUAGCCAUCACUACCAUGUCUUAUUUACUUAUACUUAGCCUUUUACCCAGCCUGGGGCAUAGGCCAUCUACAAGAAUUUUUCAUUCAUCUCGGUCAUGUGCUUUGUUUUACAGUUGCUUCCAGGUGUAUCCUAUACUUUAUGUGUCUGCCUCUAGCUCACAUCUCCAUGUAUUCUAUGCCUUCCUCUCUUCCUUUUUCCCUGGGGGUUUACGAAGAUUUUGCCCUAUCCAUCUUUUCCUCAUGUUUUCAGCAAUAGGCUCCUGGUAUCACUAGUAUGUCCUUUCCAGUAAGUCUUUGUUGGUGAUGUUGUUUGGCCAUUCUAAGGCAAGUGUUUGUGAAGGUCUGUACUUCCUGCAUGAUGCUCGCUGAUGUUCUCCAAGUUUCGGCUCCAUAUAACAGGACUGUUUUGACAUUUGUGUUGAAAACUUGAGUUUGCAUAAUCAGAUCCUUUGAUUCCUAUAUUUUCUUACUACCAUGUCUAAUUAAAGAUACGUUACUUAUCGAUGCUGUGAGUUGGAUCUCUAUUUUAAAGCUCAGACACUCCAUUGUACAUAUUUUGACAAAGGCAUUUAUAAAUGUUUGUGUGUGCACACAAUUAACUUAGUUUCUCCCAGAUUCUUUUGAUAAGCCUGAUACUUAACUACAUUGGUUUCCCCAUGGUCAUUGCAGUUUAAGGAAAGAAAUACCAUUGAUCAGUUCCUCCCUUCCCAUUAUUUCUUCAGCCAAUUUCAAGAUUAGGACAAUACCUUUAAGAUUUAGACAUUUUUAAAUUAAGAAACUUACAUAUUUUUUAACAGUGUUAGGUGUCAUGAUAAAACUGUAAAGAGGGCUUAUUACACUGUCUGCCAACCUUGUGCAACUGAAGCUAAAGUUUGUGCUAAAUGCAAUACAAAACAGGAAAAUAUUGUUAAGUAUGUACCUUUUACUUUUUAAUGAAUUUUUAUUUACAAGCAACCCAUGACUCUUGAAUUUAUUUCUAUUUAUUUGAAGAGCAUAUUUUUGGUUAUGUCAUAAAACACAAAGUAACAUUUUUAAAAAUUUGCCUCAGUUCAAGUUUUAACAUACCUUGUGCUUAAUGUAUACCGGUAAAUUUUAAUAAUUAUUAAUUAUUUUUAAAAGUUUUAAAUAACAUUUAAUUUUCGUUCAAUUUCUUUCAGCAAGAAUUUAUUUUCAGUCACUGGAAAAUAGCAUCUACUACCGGUACUACUAUUACUAUUAUUAAAUGUGCUUCUAAUUUUGCAUUAAUCACAUUUUUCUUCUCCUUUGUAUUUUAAUACUUUUCUUUUUCAGACCUGGUCCUAGUGAGCAAGAAAAGAUGUUACAAGAUGGGCAGCUAAAAUUUGAGUUGAAACAGCUAAAAGAGAGACAGAGAAGUAUGUUUUGCAAUAAAAUUUUUAAAUAAAUUGAUACAGCUUUUCUAUCAUUUUGGAAGUUAUAAAAGUGGUUAUUUAUCUCCAAUUUAAUUUUAUAUUUCAUUUCCUCUCGUUUAUUUCUUUCUUUAAUUAUUACCAUCUCCAUUAGUGUUCUUUUCUGCCUUUUUUAAUUAAGAUAUCAGUUAUAAACACAACCACAAUGCACCGCAACGAUUCUAUAAGUAAAAAUUGUACAAUGUUACAGAGUUUCAUGCCUAGAUCAUUAGUUAUUGAGAUUUCACAAUCACUUUUAAGAAUUUGGGCAUUCUGAUUUUGUCUUUUAAUCACAGGAUCGUUUUUUCGGCAUAUUGAAAAGGGUGAGAGUCCAUCAGUUGCCUUGGAAGCAGCUAGUGCUACACUAGAUGAAAAAAGUUUUGAUGGAGAUGAAACCACUGAUGAUGAUGAGACUUCCAAUGAUGAAGAGUAUUGCAGAAGUUGACCCUUAGAAUUAAACUUUGACACAUAAUUCAUUAGUUUUGCUUUUUUUCUCUUCAUCAAAACAUUUAAUUACUGGUAUAAGUCAUUAUUGUUUAAUUAGAUUAAUAAUUGUUUAGGUACUGGUAAAUAAUACAUUUUUUGAAGAUGUCAGGCCAGCAGCCAUAUUGCUCAAGCUACC